GGCAAAUUUACCUCUUAAAAAUGUCUUCAACCGUAACACAGCUCGAGUAAUAAACCUCAAACAAUCAAACCCCUCUAAACCCCUGCAAUCCCACCACAGUCGACUGCCACCAUGAAUUCCUCCUUCAACGCCACUCCGAAUUUCGACAGCCUCUUCCUCCAAUCCAUGAUGGGCAAGCUCCAAAUCCGCCCGCCAACCCCGAACCCUCCUUUGCUUUCCGCGAAUUCCUUCGAAGAACUCCUCAUCAAGAACCUCCUUUCCGACGACAAAGACGACUCAGACGAAGACGAAGAUGAAGGUGGGGUAGGACCGUCCCAAAAAUCCCAGCUUGCCAAGGAAGAAUCGAGGCUCGAGAAAGAUAUCAUCCGCAAAAUCCACAGCGGCGAUACGGGUUCUCUCAAGCCCAACUCCGGUCAGGCCGUGGCAAUCGGCGAACACCACAUAUGCGUCGGGUUUCACGAGGAAUCGGAGUCGGAUUACCGGGUCUGGGAGUGGCACGGUCACAUCAUGCUGUUCGACGAGGAAAAUGGGUACACCCCAGAGUAUAUAUACGGAAAUUAUUUCGAGAGGCUUACUGGUAAGCCGAUAAUGAAGAAGAAGCAGAGUGAAGAAGCUCCGGUGGAAAAGGAAACGGAAAAGGUUGGAAAUUUGGGGUUAAGGGAGUUGAUAGAGACAGUCGAGUCAAACACUGGGGGCCGGAUUCUUAGGAGGAAUUUGAAUGCUGGUUCUCCAAACUUUUUAUCAGGUUAGUUGUGAAACCUGCUGAAGUGCCAAGUGCUGACCAGACGUUGUCAUGUGCUGUGCGGUGUAGAAGAAUAGGGUUUGCCAUGGGCUCUUUUCCUUGGCUGCAUGUUGUUGAUGUAACUUUUUGUUCAAAUGACAUUUUUUUUCUUUGUUUCAAUUUUUUUAAUGAAAUGUGAUGUGCGGUGUAGAAGAAUAGAGGCUGGUUUGCCAUUACUUGGCCUAUGCCAGCUUGAGACCAAGUUUUAUCUGUUUGCAUUGCCUUCUCAGUAAGGAUGCUCGAGUUUGUUUUAUAAAUCUCAGUUUACAUGUCCCAAGUUUCCAAUGAAGAAGCCAUCUAUUACUUUUUGCCCUCUGCACAUAUCUUCG